UCAAUGGCUUCAGCAGUCUUGACCAACAUAAAGGAGGAGGUGACCUGCCCCAUCUGCCUGGAGCUCAUGAGAGAACCCGUGAGCAUAGACUGUGGACACAGCUUCUGCCAAACCUGUAUCACAUCAAACAACGUCUCUACCAUGGGCCCAGGAGAGGAGAGAAACUGUCCUGUGUGUUGAAUCCCUUAUAAUUUUGAGAAUCUCCGGCCCAAUCUACACAUAGCCAACAUAAUAGAGAGUCUCAAGGGGGUCAAGUUGAGCUCACCGGAGCAGAAUGUGCAUCACUGCGCACAGCAUGAUGAGAAACUCCAGCUCUUCUGUAGGGACGAUGGGAAGGUGAUUUGCUGGCUUUGUGAGCGAUCUCAGCAGCACCAGGGUCACCACACAUGCCUCUUGGAGGAAGUGGCCCAGGAGUACCAGAACAAGCUCCAGACAGCUCUGAAGGAGCUACAGAAGAGCAAGGAAGAAUCUGAGAAGUGGAAAGCCAAAGUCCAACAAGAGAAAACUUCCUGGAAGACUCAAAGACAGGGCAAGAUACAAAAUGUUCAGGCAGAUUUCACACAACUGAGAGGCAUCCUGGAUUCUGAGGAGGAGAAAGUACUGCAAAAACUGCAAGAAGAAGAGGCAGCUGAAUGGCAAGACCUUGUAGUAUGUGAAAAUGAGCUGACCCAGCAGAGCAAGUGGGUGACCCAGCUCAUCUCCGAUGUGGAGCUUCGGCUGAAAGGGUCCACAGUGGAGAUGCUGCAGGUGAUUCUUCACCAGGAUCUUGGUGUAGACCAGCUUGUUAUUGAAGGCAUUGUAGACAACAUCAAUGACCCUUGUUUUACGAGUACAGCUCUCAGAGCCCCAGGAAAAGUUGCCCACAUCCAGCUUCAGAGCAUUGAUGUCAAUACCAUCAUGAAAAGAUCUAAGUGCUUGACAAUGGAGAAGCCAAUAACUUUACCCAAGAAAGAACAGAAAGUGUUCCCAAUAACUGGUCUGAGAGGAAUGUUGCAAGUGUUUCAAGAGCUGACUGAUGCCCGACGUUACUGGGGUAAGGAGAAAUCCCUCUACUUUUCCCUAUUUCAUUAUGAUUUCAAAGUUCUUUCUAGUUCCCUUUCACAUUCUUGUUAUGAUUCUGCUUACAACUUCACAAGCCUGCAUUUGUUUUCUUUUUUCUUUUUUACAGUUUAUAUGACACUGACUACACCUAUCAAUUCCAGAAUUGACAUUUCUCCAGGUCAGAGACAGAUAAGAUACCAGAGAAAUCCUUUUGACUCCAAAAAUGUUAUGGUUUCAAGGAAUUUACAUAGAAAUUCUUUUCACGACUCAGGUUUUAGUAUUUCUCAAUUUCCGGAAAAUAAUUUACCUGUUCUAGGGGUCCUGGGUGCCCCUGCAAUCACAUCAGGGAAGCACUACUGGGAGGUGGAUGUGUCAAGGAAAACAUCCUGGCACCUGGGGGUGAGUGAUGGAAGACACUUCAGACCCAGGCCAUGGCCUGAUCCGACUGUUCAUGAAGUUCCUUGUCCUAAAAUUGGUUACUGGAUUAUAGGCAUGGAGAAAAAAUCUGAGUAUAAAGUUUUCUGGGAAGACCCUACCAGCCAUUUUCCUUUGCCCGUGCCCCUGUGUUUGCCUGUUGCUCUCGAUCGUGUUGGGGUUUUUGUAGACUACCAGGCUGGCUCAGUCUCAUUUUACAGCACUACAUACAAUGCAUUUCUCAUCUAUAAGUUCACUAACUGUUCCUUUCCCCGUCAAGUCUACCCAUAUUUCAAUCCUUUACAAUGUUCAGAACCCAUGACACUAUGCUGAUCAGGCUCUUAAGCCUUUUUAUCCUUUUCUACACUUCUGUGCACUGCCCCUGCCCCUGGUGUGCGUUUCAUGCAUCUGAGCCCUUCAGUGCCCCAUGAAACAUUUUUUUCCCCUGAUGUGAGUCUUUCUGAUUCAAUGUCCUUCACUCAUAACUAGGAUGUACACUUUUCCUUGUGCCUUAUUCUUCCUAAUAUUGUUUUGUUUGGGAGACAGACUUAUGUCAUCACU